UUUUUAAAAAUUUAAAAUAAUAUGUAAAUUUUUGUUAAGACCCUCACGGGUAAGACCAUCACACUCGAUGUUGAGCCAUCUGACACUAUCGAUGCUGUUAAGGCAAAGAUCUAGGACAAGGAAGGAAUCCCUCCCGAUCAAUAAAGAUUAAUUUUCGCUGGAAAGCAAUUGGAAGAUGGAAGAACUCUUUCAGAUUAUAACAUCCAAAAGGAAUCAACUCUCCAUUUGGUAUUGAGACUCAGAGGAGGUGGUAUGGAGCCAACCAUUGCUGCUAUUGCCAAAAAGUACAACGUUGAAAAAAAAAUAUGCAGAGUUUGCUAUGCCAGAUUACCACCAAAGGCUCACAAUUGCAGAAAGAGAAAGUGCGGACAUUCAAACUAAUUAAGAAUCAAGAAGAAGCCCAAGGAUUGAUAUUAUUAUGAAUAGUACAAUAAUAAAUAAAUAUGUUUAAUAAUUCGAAUUCAUUUA